AAGCGGAAGUGCCCUUCCGCUGGCGGCGUGUUUUGCAGUCGGAAAUGGCUCCCAAGAGCUCUCGCCGUACGGGAGCCCACAAGACCCAUUCUUUGGCCCGGCAAUGGAAGACGAAGCGGCGGCGCCGGGAUCUGGACCAGAUCAACCAAGAUAUGAGGCCGGAGAACUCGGCCAAGCUGCUCCGCCAAGACCCGGAUGCGGACAUGCCUGGCAGCGCCCAGCACUACUGCCUCCACUGCGCGCGAUAUUUUGUCGAUCUAAAAAGCAUGAAGGAUCACUUUCGGUCUAAGGUUCACAAAAAGAGGUUGAAACAGCUGAGGGAAGAGCCGUACACCCAGGAGGAAGCUGAGAGAGCAGCCGGGAUGGGGUCAUACAUUCCUCCCAAGAAGGUCGAAGUCCAUACGCAACCCCUUGAUGAGAUGGAAGAAUCCAGUUGAGAAGAAGAAAUACAAUAAGAGCUCUCGGCCCAACUGGACAUGGCGCGUACCUUCAAACAUCACUAUUUCACAGACCUGCGUUUAGAACUGGAGCAUAAAACCCAGCGGGUGGUUUUCGGCAGAGAUGAGAGCUAAGGCUAUUUUUCCCCCUUUCUUUUUUCUGUAGAAAAGCCACUUUCUCCCCAUCCUCUUUGGCCGCAAUCGGAGUUCAGGCAGAGGUCUGGGAAGGGAAGAGCAGACACCCUGCUGUCCUAUUGACCUGGUUAUAUAACUAAUUGCUGCUCUGACAAUGGCUCCUGUUUAUCAGCAGCGGCUGUGGAUUUUUAAGCAGUUUUGUUCCUAAUGUGACCUCUUCCAUCUUUUGAGUGUGUCCUCUUAAUAAAUGAACUACAAAGCUGAUAGCUAA